UUCGGUAAAGAUCGCCACCAGACUUUAGCUUUUUAACUUGGCAAGCAAAGAAAGUGAGCAAGAAACACGAAGGUCUGUCUAGAGCUACAAAUUUGAUAUUACUGCCGAUUUGGAGAUGCAUUCAGUAGUAUCAUCUGUGAGGAUCAACAGAGUCUCUUUGUUGGGAGUGUUGGGCGUGUGUUCGUGCUUGUAUGGCGUGAGGGCUGACACCACUAGACCCAUCAUAGGUAUUGUAAGUGAGAAGAGCUACUCCAGUGAGGAUUCCUACAUUGCUGCUUCUUAUGUCAAGUUCAUAGAGUCUGCCGGUGGACGCGUUGCUCCCAUACUUAGCAGCUCAACUGAUGAGGAGAUCAACUCUCUAUUCAGCUCAAUAAACGGGGUCCUCUUCCCAGGAGGUGGUGUCAGCCUCAAUAGCUCUGGCUAUGGGCACGUUGGCAGUGUGGUGCUGCAACUAGCCAUGAAGGCGAAUGAUGCCAAGGAUUAUUUCCCAGUGUGGGGGACUUGUCUUGGCUUUGAGCUCCUCUGUCAUCUAGUAGCUGACAAGGGCACUAAUGUCCUGAGCAGAGUCGAUGCUACCAACCUACCACUCCCACUAUCAUUCACUGAUGACGCUGCGAGUAGUCGUAUAUUUUCCUACCUCACACCAAAACUGCUGACUCAGCUAUCCUCUCAGAGCAUCACCUUCAAUAGUCAUAGCUGGGGUGUUGCCACGGAGAUGUUCCAGAGCUCACACCUACACACUUUCUUCAAGAUGCUCUCCACCAAUAAGGACAGGAAUGGCGUUGACUUUGUCUCCACUAUAGAAUCUUAUGACUACCCGUUUUAUGGUGUUCAAUGGCAUCCAGAGAAGAAUGGGUUUGAGUGGACCCCCCACGAGGAUAUACCCCACACAGAGCCUGCGGUGGCCGUCAUGCAGGGUCUGGCCAACUUCUUUGUCCAGGAAGCACGCAAGAGCUCUCACAGCUUUCCUAGUGCCUCGGCUGAAGAGGCUGCUCUCAUAUAUCAGCACACCCCCACAUACACUGGAGACCACUCUAACUUCACACAAAUAUACACAUUCAAACACUAACUAACACUGUGCACGCAUAGUUUUAUAUUAAUCAAUGAUUACUGUGUUUAUGUGUUUUGUGUACACUUGUUUGCAGUACAAAUGGGUUAUAAUUGACACACAAAACAUAAUUAAAAAAUUUGUUAUAAUAAUAA